AUGUAUAACAAGACAACACCAAGUUACAGCAGUUUGAUUAAAGGAAUUGAUGAUGUCACAAAUGUAGCAUUGUCCAUUGGGAUUAUGGUCGUUGUUGCUAUCUAUGCGUUCUGGCUAGUCUUUGGUAUCAUAAGAACAUACUCGGAAACAAAGAAGUUGGGAAAUGUGGCCGUACGAGUGAAGUACUAUGGUGCGUUUACUAUUUGUGUUGUUGUGUUGUAUUUUGCACUGUUUGUUGCCUCAGACUUUAUGGGAUAUCAUAACAACGCCGACAUCAGUCUUACUAGUCUUGCUUAUAUCAACUUUUAUGUGAUGAUUCUCACUAUUUUGUACUUGCCCAUUGGAUUCUCGGAGACAUUUGGUGAGGAAGUACCAACAAACAAAACAGAAAGCGCGAGUGUUGUUGUUAAUCCACAGAAUAGUGUAAUCAAACUUGACAAAGAAGAAGGCGAGGAUGAACUCAUCGUGUUUGAUGAUGAGGAGGAAAAACCAAGUCUUGUGUUCAUCGACGAAUAA